CUCUCAGCAGCUAAUCUCAGCUCAGCUUAGCGCAAAACCGUUUUAUUUUCAAUUUAAUAUUAAAAGUAUUCGUGAAAAAAAGAUGCGUGCCUUCAUCGUAUUGUGUUUAGUCGCCGUUGCCUCUGCCGAUAGCUUGGGCUACAACUAUCGUCCUGUAGGACACUCGGACGCUGGACUCUCGUUCGCACCAGGUGGCAGCAGUGGUGGACUAGGCGGUGGAUUGGGCGGUCUUGGUGGACUAGGUGGUGGAUUGGGUGGUGGUAGUGGUGGUUUAGGUGGCGCUGCCACACAAGUCUCACCUUCUUACUCAGCACCCGCCGCUGAAUUCGACAAGGAGUUCUACAGCUACAGCGCUGAUGAAGAUGCCUUCAACGAACCCGCCGGCAGUGAACAAAUCGAAGCUUCAUUGAAGAAGAAUCUCCGCGUUAUCUUCAUCAAGGGACCCGAAAAUAAUGGUUUGGAGAACGCUGCCGCCAAUCUGGCCAGACAUGCUGCCGAACAGAAGACCGCCAUUUAUGUGUUGCAGAAACAAGCUGACUUGGGUGAUUUGGCCAACAGACUGCAGUCGCAACACGAUGUUAAGGCUCACAAACCCGAAGUACACUUCGUCAAAUACCGUACCCCAGAGGAUGCUGCCAACGCUCAACGUGCUAUUCAAUCGCAAUACGACCAAUUGGGUGGUAACUCUCAGUCUCAUGACGGUGGUGUGGCUCCAGUGCACAACUAUGCUUCUGAGGCUUCUCGUCCAGCACCACGCAUUGCAAGCGCUCCCGGUUCUAGCUACUUGCCUUCCUCGAUCAUUCGUGUUUAAAGUGAAGAGUAUCCUAAAUGGGUGUAGUUUCUCUCAAUGACUCUGAAAUGUGAUAAAACAACCGUUUUUGUUAUUCUUUGUUGAUUAAUAU